GAAGAGAAGAAAAGAAAAGAAAGAGUCUUCUGUCUUCUCUUCGCAUAUAUCUCUUCCUUCUCCUUCAUUUCUCAUCCAUUGUCUUCGGGGUGAAUCUAGGGUUUUUGUUUUCUCUCACAACUCCCUAGAUACAUUCCUUUUAUCUUGUUGAUCAAUAUCAUCAUCGUGAUUUUCAAUGGAGGGAGCGGGAGACAAAACGACGUCGUCGUCUGAAGGGCAUUUGACUUCAGCAGCAGCUUUUGUUCAAGGGGGAAUCCAAGAUCCUUGUGAUGAUGCUUGUAGCAUUUGUCUUGAAGUCUUCUGCGAAUCUGAUCCUUCAACUCUGACUAGUUGCAAGCAUGAGUAUCAUCUUCAAUGCAUCCUUGAGUGGUGUCAAAGGAGUUCACAGUGCCCAAUGUGUUGGCAAUCAAUUAGUCUCAAAGACCCCACAUGUCAGGAGUUGCUUGAAGCUGUUGUGCAGGAGAGGAGUUUCCGCUUCAGUCCAUCUAGAAACGCCACCAUCUUUCGUCAUCCUACUCUUGGUGAUUUUCAACUACAAAAUCUCCCAGUAGGGAUGGAUAACGCAGAGAUUGAAGAACGGAUCAUUCAGCACUUAGCUGCUGCUGCUGCUAUGGGACGAGCAAGACACGGUGCAAGAAGAGAAGGCCGCAGAAACAGGUCAUCAACUCAAGCUGGUCAUCCACAGCUCAGAGUAUCCUCUCCGCAUCCCAGUGCUCCACCUCAUCCUCCAAUGCCUUCCUCUCCUUCCCAAAGAGAUGAGAGGGACACAGUCACAAACCUUCCUCAAGGGGAGGGUUCUCUUCAGUCAAACAUGCAGCCACCAAGUGAUCAAGAUAGAGCUGGACCAUCAGAGCUCCAAUCAUUUUCAGAAUCUCUAAAGUCUAGACUAAACGCUGUCUCAGUGAGAUACAAAGAAUCAAUAUCAAAGAACACAAGAAGCUGGAAAGAUAGAUUCUUCUCUCGCAACACGUCCAUGGCAGAUCUUGGCUCUGAGGUUAAAAGAGAGGUCAGUGCAGGAAUAGCCACUGUGUCCCGCAUGAUGGAACGUUUAGAAACGAGAGAAAACAGUAGUAUACCUGACACUGAACCUGUAUCAUCAAACAACACUCCUGCUGAAUCAAACAAUGAACAUAAUAGAAGAUCAGGAGGGGGUGAUGGAACAUUCUUUGAAUGA